AUGUCCACCAAAGAAACUGUCACCGGAUGCUUAGUAUCAAGCGCCCCUGUCAACGGCUUCGUAGAAGUUCAGCUGAACGAUAGUCCGCUCACUCAUCGAAAUAUCCUAUCCGCAGCAAGAAAGUACUUCACGGAAGAAGCUCAAUUGAAGGAAGUCAGAAUAUCUUUGGAAGCAGGCGGCGAAGACGACAAACCUUUCCAAAUGAUAGUCAUAUUCGACAAUUUACUGCAUGGAUCGAUGAAGUGCGCCUACCUUGCGCUGAAAUUAAUCGACGAAAAUAAUGUCGCGGACCUCAACCACCAAGAUUAUAUGACAGUAAUCAGGUGCAUUGAUUGCUUAUUGACCAAAAUACCGGCUGCGAACAAAGAAGAAGAUAACACAUCUAACUAG